AUGGCGGGAUCUGUCGGCAAGGGCAGGGCGGCGCUGCGGGCGUCCCCGAAGCGGUACAGCGGCACGGACCCGCCGUUGUCUCUGGCGGGGCCGACGUUGGCGGAUCUGCAGAGAACGGCCGAGCUGGAGAAGUUCUUGGUUGAGGCGGGCCUCUAUGAGGGGAAAGAGGAGUCUGCGAAGCGGGAAGAUGUGUUAUCCGAGAUUGGUCAGAUAGUCAAGGAAUGGGUGAAGCAGUUGACUAGUAAGAAAGGAGAUGCUGAGCAAUUGGUUGAACAAGCAAAUGCAGUCCUUUUUACUUUUGGGUCUUACAGAUUGGGGGUUCAUGGACCUGAAGCUGAUAUUGAUACCCUUUGUGUUGGACCUUCAUAUGUGAACCGAGAGGAGGAUUUCUUUGUCACACUGCAUGGCAUAUUAGCAGAGAAGGAAGAAGUUACUGAGUUGCAACCUGUACCUGAUGCUCACGUACCUGUAUUGAAAUUUAAGUUCCGUGGGAUAUCAAUUGACCUUCUGUAUGCUAGCCUCUCUCUUUCAGUGAUACCAGCGGAUUUUGAUAUCUCUCAAGGAUCUGUGCUUUGUGAUGUUGAUGAAGCAACUGUUCGAAGUCUUAAUGGAUGCAGAGUGGCGGAUCAGAUUCUUCGGCUUGUUCCAAAUGUUGAGAAUUUCCGGACAACACUCAGAUGCUUGAAGUACUGGGCAAAGAGAAGGGGUGUUUAUUCUAAUAUUACUGGUUUCCUUGGGGGUGUCAACUGGGCUCUGCUGGUUGCCCGUGUCUGCCAACUCUAUCCUAAUGCUGUGCCAAGUAUGCUGGUUUCUAGGUUCUUCAGAGUUUUUACCCAGUGGCAAUGGCCGAAUCCAGUGAUGCUAUGUGCAAUUGAGAAUAAUGAUCUUGGUUUUUCUAUAUGGGAUCCACGCAAAAAUCCGCGUGAUAGAAACCAUCUCAUGCCCAUCAUCACUCCAGCCUACCCAUGCAUGAACUCUAGUUACAAUGUUUCAAGCAGCACACUGAGGGUUAUAAUGGAGCAAUUUCAAUUUGGCAACAAAAUUUGUCAGGAAAUUGAACUUAAUAAGGCCAAUUGGAAUGCUUUAUUUGAGCCUUUCCAUUUUUUUGAGGCGUACAGAAAGUUUCUAGUGGUUGACAUAGUUGCAGAGGAUGAUGAUGAUCUUCGUCUUUGGAAGGGAUGGAUCGAGUCUCGUUUGAGACAACUUACUUUAAAGAUUGAUCGGGAUACUAAAGGAAUUUUGCAGUGCCAUCCGUACCCAUGUGAGUAUUCAGAUCCCACAAUAGAGUGUGCACAUUGUGCCUUCUACAUGGGCUUAUCAAGGAAAGAGGGGUCGAAAAAACGUGGUCAACAGUUUGAUAUCCGUGGGACAGUAGAUGAAUUUAUGCGUGAAAUUGGCAUGUAUUCAUUGUGGAAGCCUGGGAUGGAUCUGGCUGUCACCCAUGUCCAUAGGGAGCAGGUCCCAUCUUAUGUAUUUGAGCAAGGAUACAAGAAACCCUGCCCUACAAUGCAUGCAAACCAACAAGAGCAGUCUGAUGGAGAUGGCACAUUGAGCUUGAGCCCUUAUCUGGAGAGUCAGCCUAAGAGAAAGUACGAUUCCGAUGGAGAUGGCCAUGUGGAACCUUGCAAAUCUGUAAAAAGGGCUUCAGUAAGCCCACCUGGUGUGGGAACCCCACCUCAUCAUGGAAAUAGUGUCAGUAACGUCGUUUGUGACAGUCCAGUCAAAUUCGUUUCAAGUGUCCUUUGCAGUGGAGCUCAGACUUCUCCAUCGCAUGAUGAUACAAAUUUAGAACAAGCACAAUUAACUACUUCACCAUAUGGAUCUGAGGAUACCUCAGCAUCAGGCACAAGCUGUGCAGCAGUGGGAGCAGUAGUUUUGGCUGAUGAAUCCAGCAAGCUCGGUAACUUGACAUCAGAUCUUGAAGUUGAUACAAUUCAGAUAAUGCCACUGCACAUAUCUUUAGAAUGCGUGGCUCAAAAGGGUGAAACAAAGCUUGAAGGAAUCAGAAGCUUGGCAAGCAGGAAUUGUGAAGAGUUUGUAGAGAGUUCAGUUCUUGCUGAGAAGGCACACUUGGACAUAGGUGGGGAUGAAGUGAACUGA